AUGGUUCUGAUGCUAGAAGUGAUGGAGGAAGAUGGAAAGGAUUAUAAGCAGGAUGACCAAGUAGUUUGGAGAAAGGCUUUGAACAGAUGUGGAAAGAUGUUCGAGACAGAAAAAGUGAUUGUGGAGGAAUGGUUGUCAGAAUUUAAGACACUACCAGAACCAUCUAUAUCAGAGUAUGCCAGACGUUUGAAAGAUAAAACUGCUUUGAUUUCAUCAUUAUAUAAAGUUAUCGAGGAGCUACAAAGUGAGCUGAUAGAGCCUGUGUGUCACCAGCUCUUUGAAUUCUACAGAGGUGGAGAAGAGAAGCUUCAAUGCUUCACACUGCAGUUUCUCCCAGAACUGAUAUGGUGCUACCUGAGCACGGCUGUCACCCAGAAGCGGCACAGCUUGGGCUGCAUUGAGGCCCUUCUUCUAGGAGUUUACAACUUGGAAAUAGUUGACAAAGAGGGACGUAACAAAGUAUUGAGUUUUACAAUCCCAUCUUUAUCCAAGCCAUCAAUAUAUCAUGAACCUUCCAACAUUGGUUCCAUGGCUCUGACAGAGAGUGCUUUAUUCCAUCAUGGUUUAUCAAAAGUUGUUUACAGUGGACCUCAUCCUCAAAGGGAGACAUUAACAGCUCAGAAUCGGUUUGAAGUGUUCACAUUCCUUUUAUUGUGUUACAAUGCUGCCUUAACCUACAUGCCUAAUAUUUCUCUUCAGUCACUAUGUCGAAUUUGUUCAAGAAUUUGCAUUUGUGGUUUUCCUCAACAACGCCUGAGAGCAUACCAAGAGAUUAAUUACAAGAUCCCAGUUUCUGCAGAAUUCAUGGUGCAAAUGUUAACAGGAAUUUAUUUUGCCUUUUAUAAUGGAGAGUGGGAUCUGGCCCAGAUGGCACUGGAAGAUGUCCUGUACAGAGCCCAGUUGGAAUUGUAUCCUGAACCAUUGCUGGUUGCUAAUGCAAUAAAGACUUCAUUGCCUACAGUUGCCAUGACAUCUGCUAAGGAUGGUAAAAGAUGCAUUCAGGUUGAAAUUACACCAUCUUCAUUGAAAAUAUCCAGAAAUGCAGUAACCAGCCUGUCAAUAAGAGGGCAUAGAUGGAAAAGACAUGGUAAUACAGAUUUAACAGGUCAAGAGGAGCUCAUGGAAAUAUCUGAAGUUGAUGAAGGGUUUUAUUCCAGGGCUGCAUCCAGUACCAGCCAGUCUGCCUUAUCAAACAACCACACUACCAGCAAGACCAGUUUAGGAAAGAAUCCACGAAGGUCUGGAGGAAACAGAAGUGGAGGAAAAGAGAAGGAAGCCUCCGGCGAAUCGGGCAGAGAGCACUCCGCUCGCAAACAAAAUCCAAGAGCCCUGAGUGAGAACCUCGAGCUGCUGUCCCUGAAGAGGCUCACUCUGACCACCAGCCAAUCUCUGCCCAAGCCUGGCAGCCACAGCCUGGCCAGGACUGCCACCACCGUCUUCAGCAAGUCUUUCGAACAAGUCAGUGGCGGCACCGUCCCCCACACGCCGGGCCCUGCGGGGGCUGGAGGGGCAGGAACGGAUGCCAAUAGGUUUUCUGCUUGUAGUCUGCAAGAGGAAAAGCUGAUUUACAUCUCGGAAAGAACUGAGCCACCAGGUGCAGUUAAGCACCCUCCUGGUCCGCAGAGACCUCCCAGCAUCAGCAUCACCCUGUCCACUGAUUAGCGCCUCAG